AAUAAUGUUUUGGGACGCGCAAAUUUGCGUCAUGUGACGUGUCCCUGAACCCGGAAGAGAUUUCUGCUGCAGAGCCGCAGCCAGAGUACAAUCUCAACUUGCAAAGUUUUUAACAGUAAAGUGUGAGAGCCAAGAUGCCAAUGUUACCUGGGGCCAAUGGUCCAUGAUGCAUGUGGAGGGUUAUGGAGACGCCACUGAACUGUGCUGAAGAGCAACAACCCCCUCCUGCCUUCCCUGCCUCCUGGUCAACAGUCACACCACAGGAGUCUCCUGCAGACAGAAACGACAAGGGGAAUGCUGUUGGCUUUGUGUUGGUGCAUGCAGGAGCAGGAUACCACUCUGAGUCCAAAGCCAAGGAAUACAAGCAUGUCUGCAAGAGAGCUUGUCAGAGAGCUGUGGACAGACUGAAAGCUGGUGCUCUGGCAGUGGACGCCGUGACCGCAGCCCUUGUUGAGCUUGAGGAUUCUCCGUUCACCAACGCGGGAAUGGGCUCUAACUUAAACCUGUCGGGGGAGAUCGAGUGUGACGCCAGCAUCAUGGAUGGGAAGUCUUUACGUUAUGGAGCAGUAGGUGCUGUUAGCGGUAUAAACAACCCAGUGCUGGUGGCCAACAGGUUACUGAGUGAAGCCCAGAAAGGAAAACUGUCAGCCGGACGAAUACCCCCCUGCUUUCUAGUGGGUCGAGGAGCACAUGACUGGGCUGUGAACCAUGGGAUACCUCCUUGUCCCUCAGAGAAGAUGGCUACCAAGUUCAGUCUAUCGGCCUACAAGAGGAACAAGCACAAGAUGGAGCUGGCAGAGAAGGUGGAUACAGGGUUUAAUCAUCACAGUAAGAAGAGACGACAAGCAAGUGAAACCGAGAAUGGAUCAGGGUUGCUGGACACGGUGGGAGCGAUCGUAGUGGACAGAGAGGGGAACGUGGCAGCUGCAGUGUCCAGUGGGGGUUUAGCCAUGAAACACCCAGGCAGGGUGGGACAGGCUGCUCAUCAUGGAUGUGGAUGCUGGGCUGAGAACACCAGUACCCUGAACCCUUACUCUACAGCAGUGAGUACUUCAGGUUGUGGGGAACAUCUAAUACGAACCAUGCUAGCGCGUGAGUGUUCUUCUGCCAUGCAGUGUGAAGAUGCUCACCAGGCGCUGCUGGAGGCUAUGCAGAACAAGUUCAUCAGUUCCCCGUUCCUGGCCAGUGAGGACUGUGUCCUUGGAGGGGUCAUCGUCCUGAGGUGCUGCAGAUGUUCCGAUGCCCAACCCUCUCCUGACAUCCAGGCUAUACUGGUUGAGUUCCUGUGGAGCCACACUACAGAAAGUAUGUGUGUUGGCUACAUGUCUGCCCAGGAUGGGAAAGCCAAGACUCACAUAUCCCGCCUGCCUCCCGGGGCUGUAGCAGGACAGUCGCUGGCCAUAGAGGGAGGAGUGUGUCGACUUGUCAAUACCCCAACAACAGUCGACUGAGCCACACCCACUUCCCCGCAGACCACACCCAUUACCCAAUGGGCCACACCCCCUCUUCAAAGCCGCCUUCAGCAAUACUCAAAUGUAACCUCAACGCCCCACCUCCCCCUCCUCUACCCCCACACAGCAGUAAUACGUUUGGGCUGUUU